AUGAACCACGGCGGUGCAAGCGAAAUGUACUAUCCGCCGCACAUGUCCGCCGGCCAGCCCCAACAACCCCAGACCGUCACCUCGGGACCCAUGAGCCACUACUCUCCCGCCCAGCCGCCCCUGCUGCAGCCCGGCCAGGCCUACUCCAACGGCGGCCCUUCGCCCUACGGACAGUAUGGCUACGCCAACGGCAUGACGUCACCCUCAGCCGCCGUACCUCAGACCCAGCCUGUCCUGCCUCUGCCCGGCGUCGGCGUCCAGGCUGGAACGGCACUCCACUACUCGUUUGACACGACCGGCCAGCACCCCCCACCGGGGAUGAAGCCGCGCGUCACCGCCACCUUGUGGGAGGAUGAGGGCAGCCUGUGCUUUCAGGUCGAGGCUCGCGGCAUCUGCGUUGCGCGUCGCGAAGACAAUCACAUGAUCAACGGAACGAAGCUGCUCAACGUUGCUGGUAUGACGAGAGGCCGGAGAGAUGGUAUCCUGAAGAGUGAAAAGGUUCGCCAUGUUGUCAAGAUUGGCCCCAUGCACCUCAAAGGCGUCUGGAUCCCCUACGAGCGGGCCCUUGACUUUGCGAACAAGGAGAAGAUCACCGAGCUCCUGUACCCUCUGUUUGUCCACAACAUCGGUGCCCUCCUCUACCAUCCCACCAACCAGAGCCGCACGUCGCAGGUCAUGGCCGCUGCUGAGCGUAGGAAGCAGGAGCAGGGCCAGCAGAUGCGCACACCUCCCGCCGGCCUCCCCUCGAUCCAACACCAGCCUCAUCCUCUGGGCCUGCCUGGAUCCCAGCCGUCGCUCGCCUCCAACAGCAUCGGCCGCCCCCCGCUCGACCGCGCCGCCAGCUUCCCCACGCCUCCGGCCACCGGCGCUUCCGGUGUCAUGCCCAACAUGCCGAGCAACGAGGGCUUCAACUGGCAGGGUCAGAGCAUGAACGGCACCCCUCAGCCGAGCAACCCCAUCGCCAUGGACGUCAACCUCGGCCACGCCCGCUCCAUGCCUACGACGCCCACGACAACCCCUCCCGGCGCCAUGCAGCCGUACCCCUCGGCCACCCAGGGCUACGACAACUCGAGGCACAUGUACAGCGCGCCCGCCCCUCACCAGUCUCCCUAUGCGUCCGCCUCGUCCAACGGCGACCGUAUGUACGGACAGCACAACCCGUACCCCAAGCACGACAUGGGACCCCCUCCCUCGAGCCGUCCCGCCGGCUCCGCCCCUCCCAGCGAGCACGACCCCAAGGCCCCAAACGGCCUCUUGGGAUCUGACCAUGCCCACCAGCACCCGCAGGCCGCCGACGAGGACGGCGAGCAGGAGCACGACGCCGAGUACACGCACGACAGCGGCGCGUACGACAGCAGCCGACCCUACAGCUACACAGCCCCCGGCGUCGGCGCCCUCACCGGCGACGCCGCCAACGUCGACCCCGGCAUGACGGCCUCGCCCAGCCACGCUCCCGCCUCUGGCGGCCGUGCCACCCCCCGCACACAGCCCUACUACCCGCACACGUCGGCCUACGGUGCCUCGCCCCGCGUCCAGCAGCCUUCCGCCUACUAUAACGGUGUCGGGAGCGACCGCCCCGUGACGAACGGAGCGGCCGGUGGUGACGUUUACGGCCAGCACACCGACAUGAGCGGUGGUCUUGCCAACGGUUACGCCCCCCAGCCACCGCUGUCCAACGGCUCGGUCAGUUCCGGGAUCAAGAGGGGCCGUGACGGCGACGACGAGCUCCCCCGCCCGAUGGGAGAGCUCCCCGGAAUGGGAGACAUCAAGCGCCGCAAGACGGUCGACUCGAUGCCCGCGCCGCCCUUUGACUCUAUGGGCGGACGCCCGGCCCCCCCGAUCGGAGGCGGUGAGCCUAGGCGAUGA